UCACACAGAACCUGUGGAAAAGAAGACACAAAAAAUCAACCAUGCUUUCAACUACUACUUGCUCCCUGCCUGCUACCACUUUCUUAGUGCUGCUGCUGACCAUCCUUUUUCCUUCAAAUGGCCAACUGAAUUCAACCUUCUAUUCUAGCACAUGCCCAAAUGUAUCAUUUAUUGUGAGCAAUGCUGUUCAGCAAGCUUUGCAAUCUGAUUCCCGUAUUGGUGCAAGCCUUAUUCGUCUCCACUUCCAUGAUUGCUUUGUCAAUGGCGGUGAUGCUUCCAUUUUAUUAGACCAGGGUGGGAACAUCACACAGAGUGAAAAAAAUGCAGCUCCCAACUUCAAUUCUAUUCGGGGCUUUGAUGUAGUUGACACCAUCAAAAGCGCCCUUGAAAAUUCAUGCCCCGGCAUUGUGUCUUGUGCUGAUAUUCUUGCCCUUGCAGCUGAAUCCUCAGUGUCCAUGUCUGGGGGCCCUUCAUGGAACGUGCCACUUGGAAGAAGGGAUGGUCUUACAGCGAACCAAGCUGGUGCUAACAGCUCUAUUCCCAGUCCAUUUGAGAGCCUAGCCAACAUCACAUCCAAAUUCUCUGCUGUUAACCUAGACACAACUGAUCUUGUUGCAUUAUCAGGUGCACACACUUUCGGUCGAGCUCAAUGCCAAUUUUUCUCCCAAAGGCUAUUCAACUUCAGCGGCACAGGCAACCCCGACCCUACCCUGAACUCAACCUAUUUAGCAACUCUUCAGCAAAACUGCCCCCAAAAUGGCAACGGCUCCACCUUGAACAACCUCGACCCUUCGUCCGCCAACGCAUUCGAUAACAACUACUUCACCAAUCUUCUCACCAACCAGGGUCUUCUCCAAACGGACCAGGAGCUAUUCUCCACAAAUGGCUCUGCCACUAUCUCCAUUGUUAACAGCUUUGCAAAUAACCAAACGGCGUUCUUCGAAGCCUUCGCGAAGUCGAUGGUUAAUAUGGGUAAUAUCAGUCCCUUAACGGGGACUCAGGGUGAAAUUAGAAAUGAUUGUAAGAAAGUUAAUGGAAGUUGAAGACAAGAGAGAGAGAAAAUGAGAGUACCACGUGAAUGUUUUUGAAUGUUGUUUAUGUAAUUUUGUUUGUAUCAACUAAACUUGUGUUUUGGUUUUUGCAUUUGUAUGGGUGAGCAGGGCUACAAUGUUAGUAUGAGAAUACAUGGUGGUUUAAGAAAUUAGUAUCCCUUGACCUUCUCACCUGUUUCCUUAAAGAUACUAGUGUUUAUAAUUUUAUUA